GGGGAGGAGCCGGUAAACCUGUGCAAGACUGAAGGGGAGGAGCCGGUACACCUGUGCAAGACUGAAGGGGAGGAGCCGGUACACCUGUGCAAGACUAAGGGGGAGGAGCCGGUACGCCUGUGCAAGACUGAAGGGGAGGAGCCAGUAUUCCUGUGCAGGACUGAAGGGGAGGAGCCGGUACACCUGUGCAAGACUGAAGGGGAGGAGCUGUACAUUGUAACUUUGUAGAAGGAGGAGGAGUC